AUGGUUUCUAUUUGGUUGAUUCUAGGAUGUGCUCUGUGUUCCCUCGAAAGCGACAUGCUGCGGUAUACAAACAAGUUCAGGAACGAGCAUAGCAUGGAGGAACUGUAUAGCCUUCCUUCGCUACAGAAGGCAGCAGAUUUGCAAGUGCUGCAUAUGUGCAAGAAGGCCAAGCUUACACAUGACGGGCCUAGUGGAUUGGGAUCUAGUCUUAGUGGAAGGCUAAAGAAGUUCGACUUUGUCGGGUUGAACAUAGGAGAAAACAUAGCUAAGCAGGAGAAUGAUGACUACAAGGAAGUUGUUAAGCUCUGGAUGAAGUCUGAAAAGCAUAGAAACAAUAUUCUCGGAGAUUAUGUAUAUUCUGGGGUUGCCACGUGUAUUGGAAAGGACGGUAACAGAUAUUGGGUCCAAGUUUUUGGGAAGGAUGUCAGCAAUACAAAGAUUGCUAAGAUGAGAGAUGGGAUGAGGAGGCUCAUGUCUAAGGAAUGUAACGACAUUCGGGAUAAGACUAGGAGUAGGACCGGAAGUGUCAGAAGAGGAUACGAAGAGAAAGGAGGCCUUGGAGAGGAAGGUUAUAUAAUGGUAGUUCCUCCUCCACCGUAUGAAAAAAGAUUUGAGAGGGACACAGAAGCUUUUGGAGAUAUCUCUGAUGAACAAGGCGGAGGAAAUGAGCCCGCUGUGAAUCAAAGAGAUGUAGAGAGUCACCCUAAUGAGGGGAAAAGAAUACCUGAAAUUGGGUUAGAAAGAAUGAAGUACCCAGGAUGGAGCUUUAUUCGAAAGCCUAGGCCUAUUCCUAUUGCUGAGCGUAAUAGAAAGAAAGAAGAGAAAGAGUUGCUGAGCUUUGGGGAUUACUUAAUUCCAUCACAGAAUGAAGAGAAGAGCCAGACAAGGGUUGAUACUCGAAGUAGUCUACAUUCAUUAAGUUCUCAGGGAAUCAUGCCCGCUGUUACAAAAGAUGCCAAGACCCAAACUUCGACAAUACCAAUAAUUACUUUUGUAUUUAAAGAUCCAGGAAACAACACCAUAGUACCUGCACUUCAGUCUUUGAUUGAUGCAAUUAAGGGCGCGUCAUCUCAGGGCUCUCCCAGCAGUAAGACUCCUUCCGUGCCAUUGACUUCGUACUCUUCCUCGAAGACAAGUACUUCGUACACUGUGCAAUCACCUGUAUACAGUAGUGUGCAAACAUCCUCUAUUGUAACAAGUAGUAAAAACGCAAUAUCCACGAUCACAAUCACUACAACGACCCAUGAGUCUGUCACCACUGUUUACGUACCGAAGAACAAGGUCUCAACAACCACAGUACAGCCUGAUAGAAAGGGCUCAAACCAACUAGAGAGCAAGACGGGGAGUCCUGGCCAAGGAAACUUAGAGAAUGGAUCGUUAAAACUUCUGGGGCAAAAUGGAGAAGACAAUGGUAAUGAAAGUAUAAGUCCCAUUGUGAGAUUCGAUGGGAAGAAUGGCACAAAGAAUGAUGGGGAUGAAGGAGAUCUUGCCCAUGGAAAGAGGUGCCAAGAUGGCUAUAAUAAGGAUGGAACAUGCAUUGUUUCAAAGGAGCUUGAUGGCUCAAAACUGAAGGAUGCCUUGGAGGACCUGGUUCGCAAAGGGAAGGUCCAUCUUCAUAUUGUAUCCGAUGAGGACUGUGAAGACAAGGAGGGCUGCUAUGAAAAGAGGAAUAGAGUUGAUAUAGGAAUUCCAUUUUCCUAUAGACUUUGA